GGAAGCUUCACACCACCAAGUAUAUAUAGGUGAGCUCGUCAAUACAGUUGGUGCCUCACACCCGACACUGGAUGGACACGCCAGAAAUCUAUCAUCACCUCUUGUCUACGAUGUCUUCGACUCUCGCUAAUUUAACCCAACACAAUUAUAACUAUUCCAUCAAGUCCAUACCAGCUAUUGUAUAUCUCGCCACUGUGAUGCUAGUUGGAUUUAUCGGCAACUCUAUUGUGUGCUAUGUGUAUCUCGUCAAGCUAAAAAGAAUCAAACCUUUUGCAUAUUUCAUCUUGGCAUUGGCGAUCAUUGAUUUAGUCAACUGCGUUAUAAACAUCCCGUUUGAAAUAUUCCACCUAACCCACAGGUUCACUAUCGGAACACACACCCUAUGCAAAAUUAAGUCGGCAUUCAGUCCUUUCGUUGGUACGUUACUAGCGAUUAUUAUAGUGCCAAUGUCCGUGUACAGAUAUAAAAAGAUAUGUCGGCCUUUGAACAAACAAAUGACCACUCACGGAGCAAGGUUAUCAAUACUGUGUUGUUUCCUAGCGACUUGUAUCAUAUCUGGGCCUUGUGUGGACAUAUAUGGCCCAUCGCCUAUUACGGAUGGAUAUUUCAAUGGUUCAAUGUGUGCAAUAUCAAAAAAUACAAACUUCAAUCAUUCUGUUGCCUGCGUCAGUGCAUUCUGCUGUACCUUCGUCGUCGUUUCUAUCACCAUUGUGCUCGUGUAUUCCCUGAUAUGGCGCCAGGUUGUCCGAUCUAAUAAAUUCAGAAGAAGUCUUUUAAGUGUUGGGCAUAUUAAUUCAAACAAUGGCCUUGCAGGCGAAGACACUCCACGAGACACCAUUAUGACAUCACGGCACGCGGUGAGAUACCGGAAGACAACACUGAUGCUGUUCCUGAUCAGCCUCGUUUUCAUCCUCACCUACCUUCCACACCUCGUUCUCAUCGCUGUCAUCAUCAGCAAGAAUAAAGUGUUGAUCAGUAGCAGCCACAGGCUCAGUGGACCCCUAAAUGUUGCCUACAACAUCGGCGUCAGAUCAUACUUCAUCAGCAGUGCUUCCAACCCCAUGAUCUACAGCUACUGCAACAUGAAGUUCCGGCAUGCUGCAAUGAGUAUAUUCAAGAGGAAACGUUGA